AUUGACGAACGAGCCUCCCGUUCGCCAUAUUGUCAUUGAAAAAACGUGAUUUUUGCUGAGUUGUGUUCCAAAAUUUGGAAGAUAACUGAUAAAGUGAUAUGUGUACAUCAACAAUUAGCCUAAGUUCUCGCAAGUCUUCAUGUUGAGGUGAUAACAAAGUGCAGAUUUUCACAGGAAGAUAGGUAGUAAACAUGUUUCGCAAUCAGUACGACAAUGAUGUGACAGUAUGGAGCCCACAGGGACGCAUUCACCAGAUUGAGUAUGCCAUGGAGGCUGUAAAGCAGGGCUCAGCCACAGUGGGCCUCAAAUCCAAGACACAUGCCGUACUGGUGGCUUUGAAGAGGGCGUCCUCUGAACUGUCCGCUCACCAGAAGAAGAUCAUCCCUAUAGACGACCAUGUAGGGGUUUCAAUUGCAGGUCUCACUUCGGAUGCCAGGCUUCUCAGUAAAUUCAUGAGGACAGAGUGCUUGAAUUCACGCUACGCCUUUGACACUGCACUGCCCGUCUCCAGACUGGUAGCGAUGAUUGGAAACAAGUCUCAAGUCAACACGCAGCGGUAUGGCCGAAGACCGUUUGGAGUGGGUCUCCUUGUGGCUGGCUUUGAUGAGAAGGGGCCACAUAUUUACCAGACCUGCCCCUCUGCCAACUACUUCGAGUGCAAGUGCAUGGCCAUCGGUGCCCGUUCCCAGUCAGCACGGACGUACCUUGAGAAACACAUGAACGAAUUCCCCGACUGCACGCAAGAAGAACUUGUGAAGCAUGGACUCCGAGCAUUACGGGACACUUUACCCAAUGAGACUGAACUCAGCACUAAGAACUGCUCUGUAGCCAUUGUCGGCCAGGAGCAGAAGUUCACCAUCUACGAAAAUGACGACGUAGCUGCUUACCUUUCUGGCAUUGAGGCGUCUGCUCGAUCCAAACGUGCGGCUGCCGCAGCGGAUGGGGAGAAACCCACCUCUGGUGAAUCUGCCAUGGAGACAGGUGGCGACGACCAGCCGUCCACGGAAGGACCGACUCCCGCUGGACCACAGUCAGAACCUAUGGAACAGUAGGAGGGAGGGCUAAAGGGGGCGGGGACUGGGGGGAGGUCUUAUUAUUAGCACGGCAAAGUUGAGGGGGACACACACUUCCUAUGGAAAAAAAGUGAUUUUUGAAUAUGUCUGAAUAUCAGUCCUUUGGUGCAGUGGUUACUAAGACUGUGUCUGGCAGUUGUCACUGAGAGAGGAAUUGGUAAACAGUUCCAAGGUUUCAUGCUGUGAGGAUUUGCUCUAUUGCUUGGGUAACCGCUUGGACCUUUAAAAGAGAAUAAACAUAUUCCACCAGAUGCAGUUCAGUGAAGAGUUACGCUCACUCAGGUUUUGAGAUGUUAUUCGUAAGACUUACGUUUGGUUUGAUGCAAGGCAAGAGACAGCCUGAUGUUCGAACAGUCAAGGAGAAUUCAUCGCAUAUUGUGCUAAGCGUGCGCCGUAUUAUGUCAAAGUGUCUUAAGUAGAAAUUUAGGUAAUUUGCAGUUACUUUGAGCCAUGCACAAAUUUUUUUUUUGAUCCUAAAAUUUUCCUGUUGACUAAUGCUCGAUGUGAUUCCAAAGUGGGAUGGAGUGAAUAGGGGAGGGGCCAGGCUGAUCAUGAGUUGGCAGUGGAAAAAUGCCAAGGAAGGGGAAUGGGGGGAGGAGUUGGGGCAGAGAGCCAGGCUCCCUUGAACAUUGCCCCAGCGGGUUGCCAAAUUUGGUGUCAUUUAUCAAUAUCUAAUGUUUUAAGAAGAUUUUGCAUCCUGCUUGGACAUCUGUGACUUUGGUGAAAUUCAGUUCGGCACUUCAGAAUAGAUAAACCAGUAUUUGAUGGUAUUCUCAGAAUGGACUAACUAGUUUUAAAAAUCAUUGAAAAGGUGAAUUCUUUUCUUUGCUGGAAAAAGUGAGGGGACUUUCAGUCUUGGAUAGAUCCCCCCCCCCAAAAAAACCAAGUACCCCUUCAGGAUCGCAUCUUACCGUAUCUUGGAAAUUAUUCAAGUAGCAUAACUGUGUGUCUUUUGUACAUUGUGAAACAAGAAAAUAAUUCCGAUAUAAAUGAUGGUCAUUUGUGCAGCUACACAUGACCUCGUUUGAGAAAAAUG